AUGGAUCAGAGCGAAUCUACUCUUCGAUUGCAUUCCUCUGAUGAAACUGUCGAACUUGACAGCGCUUACGUUCCAACCCUAUACUUCUCACAACACAUCAAAGAUGAGUUUUCUUAUCAGCUAUCAAAGAAGAUACAGACCCUUCCGAAAGAGGAACAGUUGUUUGUUUCUAUCUAUCUAUCUAUCUAUCUAUCUAUCUGUCGUGACCAAAGGGAGGAUACCACAACAUUAUCUAUUUUUGUCUGUUUAUAUCUAUCUAUCUAUCUAUCUAUCUAUCUAUCUAUCUAUCUAUCUCAGUUUGUUUAUAUCUAUCUAUCUCAAUAUACCUCAUCUAUCUAUCUAUCUAUCUAUCUAUCUAUCUAUCUAUCUUUUUCCUUUUUUAAACGAUAUGAAUCUAUUUCUUUGGAACAUCGCCUGUCAGCCAGUCUAAAUAAGCUUUUAUUUCUUGUUCACCCUCUCUUUCUUUCUUUCAUUCUUUCCUUCUUUCUUACUUCCAUUUUUCUUUCCUUCCUUCCUUCCUUCCUUCUUUCUUUCUUUAUUUCUUUCUUUCUUUCUUUGUCACACCAUUAUAACUUCUUUCUUCUUUUUCUCAUAUCAACACAUCAAUGUUUUCUUUCUUUCUUUCUUUCUUUCUUUCUUUCUUUCUUUCUUUCUUAUCUAUAA